AACUGCUCAAACCUUGGGCGAGAAUAUGUCGUUUACUCUGCAAAACAAUAAUGAAUUCAUUCUAACAUGGUUGGCCACGAAUUUUGCUUGAAAGAUCCAAAGCAUUAAGCUUAAAGCUAGAAAGAGAUUUGCGAAGUGACUUGUUGGAAGAUUAAUUUGGAGCUGAUGAAUGAUUAUACUAGUCCAAACCAAGGUUGUGGAUGGAAGAUUUUCUUAGAGAAGAAAACAUUGUUAAAGGUUUCAUCUCGAUGUUUUUCUUACUCCGAACGGAAAGAAUGAAGAUAUAAAACUUUCGGUGGGUUUAUUUCUCUUUUAUAUAUUCAAAUUAAUUGGCUUUCUUGUAGUUGAACUUCUGUUCUUCCUUGAUGGUUUCUGAAAUUCUGAACUGAGGAUUGAUAAUCUUGAACGAAGAUUGUUUUUCAGCUCUAUUUGGUUUCUGUUCCUAAAUAUCAGUUUCCACUAAUAGACUCAAGUAACUGACGACCUAUUUUCUUUCUCUUCACCACUUGUAAGGAUACGACUUGACCAUUUGGGUCUCUGGGUUCUACUCUCUCUCUCUCUUGUUUCCUCUUCGUUUCUAGUUCUGUUAACCGUAAGAAUAAUUAAUUAGUGACCUGUUAUUGUUUGUUUGAAAAGCAAAACUUUGUUUGAUUUUGAAACAGGUUUUCGUCGGUCCGCUGAUUUUAGCAACUCGUAUUGUAUUUACCAUGUCAUCAUGUCAAUCAAUAUGCGAGGGUUUCAGUAAGGAAUAAGCUCUCGAAUCAUGGAGAAUCAUUAUGAAACACCAAGCAAUGGUGAAGCAACUGAUCCCAGCCUUCAAAUUAUUAAGUACUCUCCAUAUCAACUCUCUACCAAAUUAUCAUCAUCUUGGUUUGAUUUGAGAGUUUUUUAUGUGAGGGUCAGCAAUUUUCAGGUUGAUGAUUUAACCCCAGAAUUUCUCACUCUCAACCAUAUCCCUUUAGGCCCCGACACUGUUUUAGAAGUUAAUGGCGGUAGAAGUAGCAUUUACUCUGGUGGCGUCUCUUCACUUCUUAGAAGAGAUAGGGUAGGCAAGAAGUCUGAAGAAGCCACAUUUGUUAGCACAGAUAGUAUUCGGUUGUCCGGAAGUGUAAAAUUUGAGGUCUUUGACAAGGAAGAUCUCAUUUUAUCUGGGGUUCUUGAGAUGUUUAAUAGCAAUGGCUUCAUAGGGGAAUCAAAAAGCAAUGUCAAGCGUUGGAGCAUGAAUUGUGAAUCUGAGAUCACUGCUGACACUGGCUUUUUGAAGGGAAAACAUGUCACAGGUCCUGAAUCACCAUUGCCCACCAUUGAGGUUUAUGUUACUGGUUGCUACUCGGGGACACCUAUCAUCUUAACCAAGACUUUGCAGCUCAGUUUUCGAAAGAAGCAUAACAGGAAAGGCAUGUUGGAUGCAAUCCCAGAGUAUGAAACGACUGAAAGUGAGAAAAAUCUAUCAGCUGGACUUGAUUUACAGGUAGCUGACUUCGGUAACUACAAAUCAGAAAACGAUGAAAACUACAGCAACAUGUACUGGAGACGAACAGAAUACAUAGAUGGUGAAGAUGGUGAACUCUCGUGGUUCAAUGCUGGUGUGAGGGUUGGAGUAGGGAUCGGGCUAGGCAUUUUUCUGGGCCUUGGUAUAGGAGUGGGCUUGCUGGUUCGUACUUACCAAGCUACCACUGGGAACUUCAAAAGGCGGCUUUUGUGAUCCCUUUCAUCUGAGCUGCUAUACUCUCCAGUUCCUUCCCACAAAAUCCGAAGGCUGCUAACUGUAUGCAUCAUUUUGACUACAGAUUUUGACUGGGUGAUGCCUUAGUGUAGCUAACGGGUCUGUUGUCCUUUUAGUGUUUUUGUCUCUGUUCAGACUUUUUGCAAUCUUGUGUUUGGUUCUAGAGGAAUGUGAUUAGAUUAAAUGUGGCUACAGCCUACAGAUGACAUCAUUUACGUUGAUAUGAAGGUUAUACAUAUUUAAGCUUGUAUGACUUGAAUUCCCAUGUAAAUAAAUCUAAUUCUGUGAAGCUAAGGUUGCAUUUGAUUUUGUUGUAGUGGCAAAGGUCCAUUCUUGUGAAUAUUUAUAAUCCGAAUAAAUGCUGUGCCAAAUAUAAAUUUUCUAGA